AUGGAAGUCAGCAAUAGAGGCUCAGAAGCCACAUUACCAGAAGUGGAUAUAAAACUGCCAACGCCCACCAAGAAUGCCGAUUCUUUGAGUACCAUAUCUGGGCUUAGUGAAGUGCCGAGCGAUAUAAUUAUUAAAUCUCGCAUUAAAUAUGGCUCAAGGUGGUCUGCCUGCAAGGGCUUGAUUAUGGAAUACUCCAAGAAUACAACCAUUCAUGGAUUACGUUACUUGGUGGAAUUGCAUAGGCCAUUUUAUGAAAAAUUAUACUGGUUCGUUGUGCUUGUAAUUUCGGUAUAUUUUGCGAUUUCGCUCAUUUGGGCCACUUACCUCAAAUGGCAGGACACACCCGUAAUAUUGGGUUUCGAUGAAACGCUUGUACCCGUGCAUAAGAUACCGUUUCCUACAAUUACGAUAUGCCCGGAAAUAAAAAUGGAACGUAAUGUCUUCGAUUUCACCAACGUUUCGAGUCGCAUAUUGGAGGAGAUACAAAAAUUUGGUUCAUUCCAAAAUUAUGAAGAUCUAAGCGAAACGGAUUUGGAGCGCUUUAUGUCCACCUUGCACAUUUGUGAAUCCGAAGUUGUGCAACGUUUCGCAAAAUAUUUACCGAAGAACCUUAAACCUAACAUUACGCAAACACUGGUCGAUAUUUCCAUUUCGAAGAACGAAACUGGUCCGUUUUGUAAGUGGAAUGGUCGAUUUUAUUUUUGUGACAAAAUUUUUAAUUUUGUGGCAACCGACGAGGGUAUUUGCUAUCAGUUUAAUGGUCUACAGGCUAAGGAUAUAUAUCGCGAUGUCAGCUUUGUAAAUUAUUAUGACGAGGACGUUGUCGAUUUCAAUAAUUUCUUCGAGCCGCUACCACGUUUCAACGAGUUAACCGGCAAUUGGUCGUUGGACGAUGGCUAUGUGGGUCAAGGCUACAAUUCUUAUCCUCAACGUACAGCAUUUUCAUCGGCACGCAAUGGAUUUUUUGCUUUUCUACAAGGUUUCCAGCAUAAUUUCGAAUAUGCUUGUCGAAGCUUUAAGCAAGGGUAUAAGGUUUUUCUCACGUCCCCCGAGAGCGUGCCGGUGACAACGAGUAAUUACAUUUUGCUGCCGCACGGCGACGAAGUGAUGGUUAGCGUACUGCCGCAUUAUGUUAUAUCGACGGAUAAUCUGCAUGACUUCAGCCCAGAGAAACGACAGUGCUACUUCAAUGACGAGCGUUAUUUGCGUUAUUUCCGCUCCUAUUCACAAUCCAAUUGUCAGGUGGAGUGCUUAACCAAUUUUACCAUAAAUAAAUGUGGUUGCGCAAAAUUUUGGAUGCCAAAGCCACAAGAUGUGCCCGUCUGCAGUGUGGAGGACAUAAACUGCUAUGACACAGCUCAGUCUGAAUUGAGCAUCCUUAUACAGAAUCAAACUAUGCAGGCCACCAUGGAUCCGAAUAUGAAAAUCAUUUGUGACUGUAUGCCAGCCUGCACCUCACUGGAUUACAAUGUGGAGAUUUCAAGUGCACGCUAUGAGCUGAACAAAACAUUGCAGGCCUUCCGCGAGGUCUACGAGCAUGAGGAUUUCAUGGGCUCGCGCUUGUCGGUCUACUUCAAGGAGCAUCAAUUCACGGCCAUCAAGCGCACUGUGCUCUUCAGCAUCGCCACCUUGAUAGCCAACUGGGGUGGUAUUCUCGGCUUAUUUAUGGGCAUAUCCAGUUUGAGUCUGAUCGAAUUGGUAUACUUCUUCUCAGUGCGUUUGUAUGAUAAUUUGCGCAAACGUCGUCAAACUAAGAAGCGUUUGAUGAAAUUGGAAGCAGAGCAUGAGAGUUAAAUUAAGAAGGCAUACAAGACAUAUGCGUGGAGUAUGUAAUGAAAAUACAAUGAGUUAUACAUACAUACAUACAUACCCCGUUUCAAGUAGCUGAUUUUUUACUAAUUUAUGUGUAUGUGCUUUACGGUUUUUAAAUUAAUAAAGCAAAAUCUAGUUGUU